CGCUCAGCAGGUCCACGGGUCUCAGCCUGAUCAUCAACUCCUCUCUACCGCUUGUAGCCUUGUAGACUCCUUCUUCGCGACUUCAGACACGAAUGCUGCGAUAUAUUAGCCAUCAUGGAGGUCUUGGCCGACCUUCACUAUCGCUGUUGCCACUCUUUCGAAAAGCUAUUGAAAGCUGUCGCAUCGCCAGUGGAUGAGACCAGAGGUUUUCAGGUAUCGCAUGAGAUCCUUGAGUCGGAGUUUGACAAGUACAAACUCUGGGCUGCCAAUGUUGGAGCUAUGCAUCACGGCGAUCGCUACAAAUUGUCACUCGAUCAUCGGUUGAGAGAGUCACCUUUUUAUCAGGAUAGGGUAACCAGCUUCCUCACUACGUUGGAACAGAAGGUAUGGAUUAGUUUCGAUAUUAAGCCAUCAUCUGCCUGGUUCUAAGGCAGUUCAAUGCUAGCAAAAACUCCCUAGAAGUCAUUUCAUUUGAAUCUAGUCUGCGCGAACAGUGCUAGCACAGUUGAAGGCUUUGCAAGCAACA